AUGGUUCUAGAUCCCUUGGGUGGUUCCUACUUUGAAGAACAUGGAAGACAAAAGAAGAAAUGGAAAUGGUGGGAUUUCAGCCAGCAUGUGCAUGCUCCUCCCUUUCAGUCCAUUCAUCUGAAACUCAAUUCAAACAUUGACGUGCACCUUCUAGCACAAGAUCAAAUCUAUGUUACGUUCUCCAAGGAGAAGAAAUUUACAUUUAAUGUUGGAUCUAAACUACUGGUAAGGCACUAAUUUAUGUUCUUCCCUGUUACUUUUUAGCAUAACGUUCUUCACAAAUCAGUGCCCCGCAGUUACUCAGAGCAUCAUAACCAUUAAAGCAUGCUGUAGUGGUAUUGGUGCCAGGAGUACCCUGGGCCUUUCCACAGUAAGGGGCAAACCUCUUUGCAACACUUUGCCUAUACCUGGGUACUAACAGGCAUUGCAGAACAUUAAGUAGUUGUUUUGGUAGUUAAAGUGUCCAUUUAAAUGCCAAUGACACAGCAUCAGACUUCUGCAAACCUACCGAGCCAUGUGUCGAUAGAGCCCAUCAUUUAUUGGCAAUGGCUAAGACUUUUAGAUGAGUGCUCUCAGCCAUUGAAUGAACGGAUGUGAAAGGAAUAUGCACAGAAUUAACACUACCCAGCCAGCAGGUCUCACUCACUCUGUUCGCACUGAUAUAGACCAUAUCACUUUACAACUAUAGAAUGGGGAUAUUUAACAACUACUAAUUGACAUACAAAAUAAUAUUGACAAAGACCUCUAUCCUCCAUUCUCUAAGGGGGUGCCAAACAGGUAGAUGCAGGUUAUAAGUAGCUGCUUAUGUUUUCUCAGGCUUAUCCAUCCUCCUCGGCUAAGAUAUAUUUGCUAGAAGAUAAUAAUGGGUAGAGGGAAGUGAUAUUAGAAAUGUCAGUGUGGGGUAGAAGAUAAUACUAAUGGAUGUAUGCAAGGUUUGUGUUCUGUUCCUAAAUAGACAAGCACUUGGCUGCAUAUAUAAGACUUGCAUAGUAUUCUAAUUUCCGGCAGUUCCAUGAUAUGAAGUUACUUGAACAGCGCACAGGUUCUACAUGAUACAAUAAAUCUUCUUAGCUGCCUGAGUAGAUUUCAGUUUACACAUAUUUAUAGCAAUGUGGGACUCUUACUGCAGUCUGUGUUUAAUCCUUUAGUUGAAAGAUCCCAGCAAUGACAAACUGCUUAUGGGCCCGGAGAUUGACGAGGAAGAAUACUACCUUAGAUUCAAGCAUUUUCAAAUUUACAGCCUUUUUGCUAACCUUCAAAAAUCGAUAAGGAUUCCAAGUGGUCUACAAGACAGAAUAAAUAGUAUUGAAGACUUUGUUUUACAGCUAAACAAAUCAAUAAAAUAUCUAAGAAAACGUACAAGAAAAUGGAAUCAGGUGAACUUCACAAAAAAGUUACCCAGUGAAGCAAUGGAAGCAAAAGACAAAGAACUCGUGAUAAAAUAUCAAGAGAGAAAUAGCAAAGAGGCUGAUGGACUUUCCAAUGAUGGGACAUUGUUACUUAGGGAUAAAUCACAUAAAGACAUAGGCAAGGACAUCAACAUUCAGUCUAUGAAGGACCCUGGAAGGCAACCACUUAUCAAAACGUCGAAAAAAAAAUAUCAAAAAGCCUAAACACAAAACCAACAAAUAAGCACAGCAUCCAAAUUACAAUGAUGGUUUGUUCAUGAUCGGUUACUGUAUCUAUGGUGUGAAAUAAGAAAAAAUUAAAAA